AUGUCCAGUUUAAUAGCAGUGUUUUCUUGUGCAUGUUUUUUUUCUGUCCUCUAUGCCCAGCGUCCAUUCCACUGUAGCCACGGAGAGGUCCUUCACGUCAAGUUCAUGUACCAGUGUCCAGUGUCCAGUGCCGUUUUGCUUUUAAGCACAAGUACUUUUUUAAACCCUACGCAGUUAUCUGCUAGUGUCCAGUGUCCCGUCCCGUCUUGCUUUUUAGCACAAGUACUUUUCAAGCCUUCCGCUGCUCUGUUAACCACCAUUCUUUUGAUGGUGUCUUCAUACCAUGUAUGGUCCACUGAGUGUGUUCAAAGUAUGCUUAUGGAGAGGUGUACCGAGAACCAGCUCAGUAUUUUACACCCUUCGCAGUUAACAGCUAGGACGUUGGAUAUUGGCUCUCCAGAUUUUGUCCUUUGGGGCAUGUCAAGAUUGUCACAGAAAGAACUGGACAUGAGGGACGAACCCGAAGCAAAGUUAAGGUGCCUAAGUAAAUGCUAUGCUGUUCACUUGGGUGUCUCAGACACCUGUCCCGAGCAGUUUGGCAUUAAAGCAUUUCACCGAUACUUUGCCGUCAUGACUCGUAGCAAUAAUGGCCAUCAUGGUUAUCAGUUUAUGAGAAACUAA